UAGCCUGAUUUACCCCCUACACUAUUGUCUAUGUAGGUCUGUUCCUCUUGACAUUGAUACUAGAUAUUUCUGUCCCAUAACCCUUGAAGCCAUGUACUCCACUGUUAGCGGCUAUCAACUAACAUUAUGGGCCAUUUAACUCACUUGAGGGUAAAAUUGAGGCAUUGAGCAGGAAGGUUAUGGGGCUAGGUUUACAAAGAGCUGCAACAAGUGUAGAGAACUUCACCAAGGAGGAGGAAUACACUACUGUGAGGUCAAGCUAUGUUUUUUGAAAACAGCUAGCUUGCAAACCUCUAACCCACUGGCACUAUAAAUCCUUGGCCUGAUGAACCUCUUGAACACACGCACACAAACCCCACACAUCUUCCUAAGCAAAGUGCAAACUUGGUUCUCCACAAAAAUCAGGGAGAUGGAAAGUGGUAGCAAAAGAUUGAAAUGGACCUCAGAAGAAGAUGAUAAGUUGAUACGCUUCAUCCAGGAGAAUGAAGAAGGAACCUGGAAUUGGGGAUCUCUCCCUAAACAAGGCUAAUGAGGUCUGCCAAGAGCUGCAACUCAAGGUGGAAUGACUACUUAAGGGAUAAGAGUGGUAGAGGAAAUUUCACCAAGGAGGAGGACGACACCAUUGCUAGUCUGCAGCAAGCUAUUGGAAACAGAUGGUCCAUUAUAGCUGAAUAUCUUCCCAGAAGAAGCAGCAUUGAGAUCAAGAACUAUUGGAGGCACCUUAAGAAGAGAGUCCACUGGAUAUCAAACCGCAAUGGCAGAUCCGAGAUUGUGGUCUUGCCCAAUUCAAACAUCGGUGAGAAGAAAAUGGAUAUGUCAUGGGAAAAUGAGUCAUCUACUAGCACCAGAAGCAAUGCAGCCGGAAAAGAGUUGGUGAGGUCAGUUUCCAAUUUAGAACAGCUUACGAUUCAAGAGGCAAAUUCCUUCAACAAUAAUGUACCUGGGAGUACAAAUCUAAGCAAUGAAGGAAAUAAUUGUAAAACAGAUGGGGAAGAUUUAGGAUUUUUGCAUGAUUUUGAAUCCUAUAGCUUUGAGGACAUGAGCUUUUCUGAUAACAUUUUAGAUGAGGAUUGUAAUCUCAACUAUGGAGGAUAUGUCAGUGGGUCAACCGCUUGUUUGAACAACACUACCAUUUCUGGAGAAGGGCUAGCAUUGCCUAGAGAAUCUAACUGGUCUGACUACAAAUAUACAACAAUGUUAAACAACAGUACAGAGAUCGAUGGAUUACGCAGUAGGAGAAAUAGAGCAGAAUUCACAGCUUGUAGAGCUCAUCCCUGAGCCAGUUCAGAAUGGUGUGCAGCAGGGUGACUUGGCCAUAGACAUUCCAACAGGAUAGAGCAAGCAUGCAUUGAAGAGUGGUAUCCACAUUAGGGUUGUACCAUGAUGAUCUUGGAUGCCAUGAUGAUCAGUUUCUGGAUGGUUCAAUGACAAGCUUGCAAUAUAAUUGUGCAUACAGGA